UAGGAUAGCGGAUCUGUGAGCCAAGGAGAAAGAAGGCGGGGAUUUAGGCAAAAGGAAACACCAAAAAAACAUACCAAUCAAAGAAAAAUGUUAUCAGUAAGAUGGCUGCUAAGGAAGGGGUCUGCCAGUUUAUAACAUUACUGGUGGCCCCCCUUCUUCCUCAAACACUAUGGUGAACCCAAACAAAGUGAAGCCACAGGCACCACCAGACAUGGAGGGUGAGGAGAGGAAGAGGAGGAAGAAGAAAGACCAGGAGAGGAGUGCAGCCUCCCCUUCCCUCCAGCAGCAGGGCAUGUUGGAGAUGGAGACCCUCCCCAGACAGGAUGUGCCCCCAGGGGGAGCCACGCCAUCCCCGCUCUCCUCAUGCUCCAGGCAGGCGUGGAGCAGGGACAACCCGGGCUUUGACGCGGAAGAAAACGGGAUGGAGGAGGAGGAGGAUGGCGAGGAGGGCAUGGUGGUGGAGAUGGAUGUGGAGUGGCACCCCUCGGCAGGGCCAGGUCGGAGGUCCUCAUCUCUGGUGUCCUCUAGCAGCGGGGGCAGCACAGGCAUGGUGGGCUACCCUCCUCAACACACAAACAGCCAGGGCCACAGGGGCCGCAGGAGGAGGGGGGACUCCGGCAAUCCAGCUGGCAGAGCUGGCCAUGGCACUGAGCAGCCUCCACCCCCGGAGGGGGCAGCAAGGAUUCUGUAUGUGCUAAGAGGACUAUGGGGAACAAGAUUUACAGAGGAUCGCAUAACUACAAGAGAAAAAUAUCUUAAGAUUGUGCUUCGAGAGCUGGUCACUUAUAUUGUGUUUCUCGUAAUUUUAUGUGUUUUAACCUAUGGGAUGGUCACUUCAAGCAUGUUUUACUACACAAAAACCAUGUCUCAGCUGUUCAUUGACACACCAAUCUCAAAGACAGACAAUACCAAUUUCAAGACUCUCUUGACCAUGGACGAUUUCUGGAAGUACACAGAAGGUCCUCUUCUGGAUGGUUUGUACUGGGAUAUGUGGUAUAACAACCAAACGAUGGGUGAAAAUCAAAGCUUUAUCUAUUAUGAAAACAUGUUGCUGGGAGUGCCCCGUCUUCGCCAGGUCAAAGUGAGAAAUGGAACAUGUACUGUGCCAGAGGAUUUAAAGGAUGACAUAAAGGAUUGCUAUGAUAUGUACUCUGUUAGUAAUGAAGACACUUCCCCGUUUGGACCAAAAAAUGGCACCGCCUGGACGUACACCAAGGAAAAAGAUCUGAAUGGCAGCAGCCAGUGGGGUAUCAUCUCAACAUACAGCGGGGCUGGAUAUUACUUGGACCUCUCGAGAAACCGAGAAGACUCCUCUGUCCAGAUUAAAACACUGAAGGUUAACAAAUGGCUGGAUCGAGGCACCAGAGCAGUGUUUAUUGAUUUUUCAGUCUACAAUGCAAAUCUAAAUCUUUUCUGUGUUGUAAGCUUAUUGGUGGAGUUUCCUGCAACAGGCGGCAUUGUCACCUCCUGGCAAUUUCAGACUGUGAAGUUGAUCCACUACAUUUCCACAUUUGACUAUUUCUUGGCUACCUGUGAAAUUGCCUUGUGUAUUUUUAUUCUGUAUUACAUAGUGGAAGAAAUCAUUGAGAUCCGCCUCCAUCGGUUACAUUACUUCCGCAGUCUCUGGAAUUGUUUGGACAUUGUCAUUAUUGUGCUCUCACUGGUUGGUUUGGCAAUUGGUCUGUACAGAAUAUCGUCUGUGGAAGAACCACUUAACAAUCUACUAUUGGACCAGAAUGCAUUUCCGAACCUUGAGUCUCUAGCUUACUGGCAAAUUCAGUUCAACAAUGUUGCAGCAGUGACUGUGUUCUUUGCCUGGAUCAAGCUCUUCAAGUUUGUGGACUUCAACAGAACAAUGAGCCAGUUGUCAACAACCAUGUCUAGAUGUGCCAAAGAUAUUCUCGGUUUUUCCAUUAUGUUUUUUAUUAUAUUUCUUGCCUAUGCCCAGUUUGCUUUCCUUGUGUUUGGCACCCAAGUUGAUGACUUCAGUACUUUCCAAGACUGCCUCCUCACUCAAUUUCGUAUUUUGUUGGGAGAUUUCGAAUUCAAUGACCUUGAGGAGGCAAACCGCAUUUUGGGCCCCAUUUACUUUACUACUUUUGUGUUCUUUACAUUCUUCAUUCUUUUGAACAUGUUUUUAGCAAUCAUCAGUGACACCUACUCCGAAGUGAAAACUGACAUGGCACAGCAAAAGAGUGAAAUGGAACUGACCGAUCUAAUAAAAAAGGGUUGCAGCAAAGCAAUGGUGAAACUUAAACUGAAGAAAACAGCAGUGGAUGAUAUUUCAGAGAGCCUCCGUCAGGGAGGGGGGAAGCUGAACUUUGAUGAGCUCCGCCAGGACUUAAAAGGCAAGGGACAUACAGAUGCAGAAAUUGAGGCAAUUUUUGCCAAGUAUGACCAAGAUGGUGAUCAGGAGCUUACAGAGCAUGAACAUCAGCAGAUGAGGGAUGAUUUGGAGAAAGAGAGGGAGGACCUGGAGUUGGACCGAGGUUCCUUAUCUCGUCCUAUGAGUGGUCGUAGCUUUCCGAGGAGUUUGGAUGAUUCGGAGGAGGAUGAUGAUGAGGACAGUGGACACAGUUCUCGUAGAAGGGGCAGCAGCUCCAGUGGAGUCUCUUAUGAAGAAUUUCAAGUUCUGGUGAGAAGAGUGGACCGCAUGGAGCAUUCCAUAGGAAGCAUUGUGUCAAAAAUAGAUGCAGUAAUUGUCAAACUAGAAGCCAUGGAAAGGGCCAAGGUGAAGAGGAGGGAGGUCCUGGGAAGGCUUCUAGAUGGAGUGACUGAGGAUGAAAGACUGGGCCGAGACAAUGAGAUCCACAGAGAGCAAAUGGAGCGACUGGUCAGGGAGGAGCUGGAGCGCUGGGAAUCAGACGAUGCUGCUUCCCAAAUGAGCCACCGUCUUGGCACACCUAGUGGGAACAAUGGUCCGUCUCGUUCCAGGAACUCACGGCCCCCUUCUUCACAGUCCACAGAGGGGGCUGAUGGGGGAGGGGCAGCUGCCGGUGUUGGGAAUAGCCAACUGUAAUUAUUAUUAGAAAUUUUAGCAGUUUAAAAUGAUACAACCCAAUACAGUGUAACACGUGAUUGCAGACACUGUCAUAGUGCCUUACAGCAGCUCUGACCACCGACCAGCAUUAGUGCACCUCCCAGUCAUGCGGCAGUUGUGGCUAUGGAUGGGUCACGGUCUUCUUGCUUAAUACGUUGGAACAAGGUAAUCUGCAUCCAGCUCCAAACCAAGUGCACUUGUUAAAUGUUUGAGUAAAGAAAAAAAUAAUCAUGAGUUCUUUAAACAGAGCUUGUAAAGUUUAGCUGACCCCAAGACAUUAUUUAUUUCAUAUUCAUGAAUAGGGCUAAGGCUAUUAAAAUACCAUAGGUAGAAAAGUAACACGUAUAAUAUGGCAAAACGGUUACUUUUUUUUUUUUUUUAAACUCUAAAUCCAAAGAGUAAGUAAAUAGUUUACAAACCGUGAAGUGGAGUACUAUAUACCCUUGGUGGUAAUAUUUGUAUUACACUAUAAACGUAUCUUUUAAUAUGUAAUCUUUGUACUUCAGUGCAAUGAAACAUGCAAAAUAAAAACCUUAAACAAAGAUCAAAGACAAAUCUAUAAAACGUAAGUGCAUUGUAACCACUCACAUGAAGCAGGGCUAAUAAGCUAGCUCUCACUUUAGCGGCUUGAUAUCUCCCCUCAGUGUUGAGUACAACGUUCAAUAGCAGUAUUCAAUAUGAAAAAAAACAAUAUUCCCAUAGCAUUAUACCAUUCACUGUAUAAGCGGUAAAUUAGUACUCGCAUGAUGUGGAGCCUUAACAUAUGGCUCUAUUCAUUAGCAUUGUGUGCAUUAGUCUACACAGACUAUCAGCAUACAAAUAGGCUCCAGGUAUAAUCCACUGAUAUUUAUACUAAACAAAUCAAAUAGAUUGCAGAGACGAAACAAGGUUUCUUCAGUCUGCCUAACCACAACACUAACACAGUCAUAUACCCAUGAGACGUCUUUAUGUUCACAUGAUGUAAAGACAUUGUUUGAAACGCUUUUGGAACUCUGAUACAUAAGGGUGGGCGGAUUUUGAGUUUCUUUGGUUGACUGAAAAACCUGGUUUGUAAGGUGAAAUGCAUCUUUGCAAUUAAUUUGAUGUCAUUGGAAUAAAGCUCACUUUAUUUUACCAAAGUCCCAUCUUUCCAUUGGAAGAAUCACUUGUAUUUCCACAGUCUGUGUGGACUAACCCACACACUGCUAAUGAACAGAGCCGUGUGUUAAGGCUCCACCUCACAUGAGUAUUGAAUUACC